AUGAUCCGCGGGAGACUCCGCCAUAGAGAUUUCAACCAUGCGAUCUCCGUUCCGGUCACAAGUCCGGAUAAAGGAGUAGUGUUUGGCGGAAGGGGUGCAGAUACCGUCGCCUGUAAAACAAGAAGACGACAGAACCCAACCAUGAACGACAAUCAUACGAAUCCAUACCGGCUCGGACGUCGCCCGGGUCAACAAGGUCCGCGUCCUCUGCCGAGUAACCAGGGCAGAGUCGAAAAAUCGGCUACUGGAAAACAUCCGAACACGAAUAUGACAGGAAACACACAGAGACUGAAACUGGUCAAAGACACUCUGACAGUCGGAACAUGGAACGUGCAGACCCUAUGGGCUGCCGGAAAACUAGAACUGCUCAGAAAUGAAAUGAGACGUUUCAGGUAUGACAUCAUUGGAAUUUCAGAAGUGCGAUGGACUGGGAAAGGCGAAACAUCAGACGGAGAUUUCAUCUGGUCCGGCGAAGAGAAGCUACACAUGAGGGGUGUAGGCUUCCUGCUAAGUGCAAAAGCCAAAAGGGCAUUAACAGGAUACAAUCCAGUCAGUUCGAGGAUCAUUUCAGCGAGAUUUGAGGCAGUGCCAUUCAACAUCACUGUAAUACACGUGUACGCUCGAACCUCGGCAUCCUCGGACGAAGACAUCGAAGCAUUCUACAGCGAUAUCGAGGACACACUCGCAAAGACAGGAAAACACGACGUUAUCAUUCUAACUGGCGAUUGGAAUGCUAAAGUCGGUGAUGAUAAUACAGAUUGGAAAUGCGCUAUGGGAAAGUACAGAUACGGCGACAGAAACGAGCGAGGAGAACGCCUCCUAGAGUUUGCAACGGCAAACGCAAAAAUGAUCUUCCUCGUCGUUAGCAUUGGUCUUCUUCUUGUGGCCACUGUUCAAAGUGAUCGGACGCCGACACAUGGUGUGGGUGCAGUGUACACAAUGACCAAUGGAGCGGUGAACAAUGGAAUUCUUGUCUACCGAAUCAAUCCGAAAGGUCACUUGCGAUGGAUUCGAACGGUGAAUACGGGAGGAGUUGGUUUGAAUACCACAAUAUUUGAUCCAUUGGCUUCUCAAGGUUCGCUGGUUGUCCGUUCGAAUUACUUAUUUGCCAUCAAUGCCGGUUCGAACUCCGUGUCGAUGUUCACGAUCAAUCCAUCCGAUGCCACGAAGUUAACCUUGGUAUCUGUGCAACCAACCUACGGCGCGUUUCCGGUCUCCAUGACGGUCAAUGAGCAGCAUGUCUGUGCUCUUGCCGUUAGUCCGAUGGCUGCUAUCCGUUGUUUUUCGUACAAUUCCUCAGGAUUGUCGAUCAUUCCAUCCUUUGAUCGCGAUCUGACACCAUACGUUCCCCAAAUUGUUCCUCCGGUCGUUAUUCCCGGACAACUAAAUCAAAUUCAAUUCUCUGCCGACAAUCGUGCUCUGAUUAUUACAGUGGACGGUUACAAUGCGACAAUCAAAGGCUCUCUUCUGUUCUAUCCAUUCAAUGAAGACUUCACUCAACUAGCAUCAACACCGAUCCAACAAACACUUCCCCAUGCUGUUGGUCCCUUCUCAAUGGUGCUCGUCAAGUCCAAUGGCCUAUUGGUCACGGAUAUAAUAGCGAACGUUGUCCUCACCUUGAAGUAUUCAUCCGAAGAUGGUUCGAUUAGUAGAAACUCAUUCACACCAAUCGAUCCAAAAAUAACAGGAAUGUUGUGUUGGUCGAUAUUUUCUCCAACUACUGGCAAUUAUUACGUGGUCGCAGCAUUUCCAGCAGCUAUUGUCGAAUUGAGCGUCGACAUCACACCCACUUCUACACGAGCAAAGAUCGUUAGGUAUUAUCGUUUUCCGAAAAAUACCGGUGGGCAGGACAUAGCUAUUGCCAACAUCGCCGGUAUCGAUCAUCUCUAUGUCAUCGGUCUUCACCCCCAAGUUAUUCGUGCCUAUCGAUUGGACGGUGUGGGCAAGGCUGUAGCUAAUGGAGUCUUUCGCAGACCGGAAAGAAACACCACGGGCUUACCGAAGAUUGUCGGCAUGGCAUCAUACAUUCAAGAGGUCUAA